AUGCAACCGAAAAUUGUCGACAGCUCGCCGUCAGCGGCGGCAAGGACAACGGCAUCCUCGUCAAGAAGGAGCAGCUGGGACGAAAAGGAGGCAUUCGCAUCCGGCAGCGACUCGCUGCUGACUUCGUCGACGGCUUCGCUGCGACCGCCGCAGGAUAAGGCCAGGAGGUCGGGUCCUGGACUACUGAUUUUUCCCGGCACGGCGCAAAGACAUCAGCAUAAUCCAAACGGCAGCACGGACAGCAAAACAAUUGCGAAAGCUAAUGACGGGAACGUGGCCAUUAAUCAGCAAGGACCCGCUAGGAGCAUUCGCUCCUUUCGCCGACCGCCACUAUGGCAACCGCAGCCCAUCACGGAUCACGUGGAGGAGAGGGGAGCAGGGGAACAGGACUUAGAUGGGGAAACUGGAAGGGACAGCCGCAGUGCCUGCCUGGCCAAAGUGCAGGCCUUCAUAAUCGAGUUCCUGCAGGGCUCCUCCAUACACGGCUUCAUUUAUUUGGCCAAGCUCGGUCUGAAUUUCGCCGAACGCAUGCUCUGGUUUGCAUUCAUCUGCAUGGCAUUAUUCAGCAUCAUCUCGCUGAGCACAAGGACCUGGCAUCGGUUUCAGAACUCGCCAAUGGUUAUAUCCAUGGAUCGGAAUAAGCUGGUCUGGAACACGAGCUUUCCAUCACUGACGGUUUGUCCUCACAAGCGAAUCGAUGAGUUGAAAGUGGAGGAGUACAUACUUGCCCAUCCCGAACAAUUUUUGUCCGAGGAGGAUCAAGAGGAUUUCCGCGAUUUUAUUGUAAAACUUGCCAGCCUCACAUACGACAACUUGGAGACGCUGCCGCUGAACAAAUCUUAUGGGAUUCCGAGUGGCAAGUACUUGGACCUGCUGUACGAACUGAAAUGGCCCUUCGAGCCGGAAAUCAGCAGCGGCGCCGCCGUCAAAAUGUUCAUCUACGAGACGCAAACGGAGUUUGGAAUUUGCCAUUCAGUCAACUCGCUGGUGGCCCGCUACAAUUCCUUCGACUACUGGCGCUCUGGCGAUUGGAGCCUUUUGGACCAUGGCGACAGGGUGACAGUGCAUCCGUUGGACGGCGAAAUCUACGCCCAGAUUAUAAACCUUUCGACGGCCUAUGAUGUUUAUUUCCAUGGGGCAGGGGAUGUUCCCAGCAUAUCGAAGCAGAGAUAUACCUUUCCGGAAAGUGACUAUACCACUGUUGAACUCAUCGCUUUAGAGAUCUACACAAACGAGGAGGCAAGAGCCACCAAACAAAGGAGCUGCCGCUUUAACUACGAGGCCGAGGACAUGAAGACAGUGCCGAUCUACAGUUUUGGACUCUGCCUCUCGGAGUGUCGAAUGUUUUUCGCUCUGAGGGUCUGCGGAUGCAUUCCACACUUCUACCGGAACCGCUGUGGGUAUAAUCAUAUUUUCGGGACACAGAUGCGAAAUGGACGAAGGUUGCCUGUUUGCGGGCUGGAGGGCAUCGGAUGCCUGGUCAAAAUUAAACGCGAGAUAAUUUCCCUGAAAUCGGACAAAUACAAAAUCAAUUGCAAUUGUUUGGCUAACUGCGAUGAUUCGAACUUCUUUGUGCAGUCCUACCGCUCGCGUGUCUGGUUCCUAGGGGCCAACCUCCAGUGGGGAAUUAUCGAGUACCCUAAGCUUCAGCUUCGGCGGGACGUCCUCUUCUCUUUCGCAGAUGUUUUGGUUUACAUCGGCGGCCUUGUCGGAUUUUUUUUGGGCUGCAGCGCUUUGAGCUUUACGGAAAUUGUCUACUACUUCACUGUUCGACUUGUCAGGCGCAUGUUCUUCAAUUAAGCCGGUAAACCUUUAUUUAAAUUAAAAACUAAAAAAACGUGUAAAUUGGAAACUGUACACUAUGCACACUUUAAAAUUUAAAUAAAGCCAAUGAAAAAUA